AUGAGUCAAAAACGAAAGAUGCGUGAAAUCACAGCUAACCGUUUAAUCAGGUACUAUCCCGGAGGCCAGCGACAAUUAUCUGGCAAUUUUAAUCCGAUUCCCGGAAUGAAUGCCGGGUGCCAAAUAGCUGCUAUGAACAUUCAAACCAAGUGCAGCGAUCUGGCUAUUUACGAAAGCAGAUUCAUUCACGCUGGAAACUGCGGCUAUGCCCUGAAGCCCGAGUUUCUUCUUGACCAGACCGCUCCUCGUAUCAGCCCUAAACGUAUCGUUAUCAAAGUCAUCAGCGGACGCAAUCUUCCGCAAACGGGCAAACGAAUACACACGUACGUCAACAUCCGCGUUCAGGGGGAAAAAGAAGACAAAACGGAAAAGGCGACCAGAAAAGUAAACGAUGAUGGACGCAAUCCGAAAUGGGAAGAAGAGCUCAGAUUCGACGUACGCGUUCCAGAACUCGGAUUUCUCCUGUUUCAAGUGAAACGCUCGCAGUACUUUGGCUUGAAACGUGCGUGCAUAGCGUCGUAUGCUGUCCCGGUGGUUAAUUUAGUUAACGGGCCUUGUUCUAUCCCUCUGCAUGAUGAGAACCUCGUCCCACUGGACAAGACUUAUCUUUUAAUCCAAGUAACGAUAUCGGACAGUUCGUCGGCCUGA